AUGCCAAAUUUGUUCGGAAACGAAAUGUGGGAGCCAACCUCUAAACCUGAGUGCUGUUACCAACAUGUCCAAACACACAAGAUCCUCAAUGGACUAUUCCAACAUAAUAUUAAAGAUAUUGAUUCUUUCUUUCGAGAUGUAGAAACAACGAAGGAACUAUUGCAUUUUUUAUUUCAUUGUAAACUAUAUUGUCAUGUUGACUAUGAUUUUUUUAAAAAUUGUUUGAAAAAAAAUACGCCAAAAAACACUCUGAACAUGUUCACUUCUCUCAGAAAAGUCAAGAAGGCUAAGGACCAAGAAGUCUCUGACCUUGAAAAGCAAGUUGCUCAAGCCAUUUUCGAUUUGGAAGUCUACUCAAAGGACUUGAAGGCUGAUCUUCAACCUCUUGUCUUCUCCAGCGCUCAAGAAGUUGCUAUCGGUAAGGAGAAGCAAGCACUCAUUAUCUUUGUUCCAGUCCGUCAAAUCAAGGAAUGGAGAAAGGUCCACGGAAAGGUUGUCAGAGAAUUGGAGAAGAAGUUCAACGGAAAGCACGUUUUGAUUGUUGGUCAAAGAAAGGCCCUCACCAAGCCAUCUGAUCCAACCAAAGUUCACAGACCAAGAGCUCGUUCUUUGCAACAAGUCCAAGAAAGAUUCAUGGAAGAUGUUUGCUAUCCAGUCGAAAUUGUUGGUAAGAGAACUAGAACCAGAGUUGACGGUUCCAAGCUUGUCAAGCUUUUCCUCGACAACAAGGAUAAGACCAACUUUGAUCAUAAAAUUAAGACUUUCAACAAGGUCUGCAAGAGAUUGACUGGUAAGAAGGUGUCCUAUGAGUUCGCCAAUGUCUAA